CAAAAUUACGAGAGCGCCAACGCCAUCGAACACGUCCCUCACGUUAGAGGUAAACAUGGUGUCGCGAAGAAGAAGCGACGAGGUACUUGAAUUGCGAUAGUAAAGAGAAGAAAGAAAGAAGAAAAGGGAAGAUGAAGAUUUCCAAGAAAAAGGAAAAGGCAAAUGCUGCGGGUACAGCGAAGCCCCAGAAGACAUUGUUUGAUUUCUUCCAGAAGCCGGGCACUUCCAGCACCCAGGUGGAGAAGGUGUUGUGCCCAGCAUGCAACACACAGGUCGUCAAGAGCAAGAUCAAUUGGCAUCUUGACCAGGACUGCAAAAGCAAAGAGAAAAAGAAAAUGAAGAAGGGAAAGAGAAGCGCAAUAAAAGAGAAAAAAGUGACAAAGGAUGGCAAAAAUAAGAAUAAGAGAAAGAAAGCCAUGUUGUCAGAGGAUGAAGAUGAGGAUGAAGAUGAUGAUGAUGAGGAGGAGGAUGAGGAUGUUGACAUCGAGAUACUUGAGCCCAAAAAGGAGGAAGAGGAUGAAAACUCUAAGGAUGAUUUCUAUAUCAAUGCCUCCAUGGUUGAGGUGAUGAUGGAUGAAGGCUGCAGCGAAAACACCAAGAAUACUCCAGUGCAAAGUACCAGAGAACCUGUUUCACCUUAUUUCUCGGGCGGUGUGCCACCAUCAAACGUCACUCCCGGAAAGAGGAAAGAGAAGGUCAUUGUUAACCAAAUUCCAAAGAUUGAGAGUAAUUCCAUAGCCCAGUUGCAAGCAGACUGGGACUCCCCUGAACCUACCCCAGAAAAAGCGAAGCACCCUUCAGCAUCAAAACCUAGGCAACCAACUCCAUGUUCAAGUGGGAAGAGCACUCCUCAAACAGUAGCUGGACAGGUCGUUAAAAAGAUGCUUGAGGAAGACUGGGGUUUGUGUUCUCCACAUACGACCCCUUUAAAAGACAUAAAGGGUGUCAAAGGCCAAAGCAAUGGCAAACAUACCCCAAAUAAUAAUGGUUACCCAGAACGCACUAGUGAUGAGGAAUUUCAAGAAGAGGUUAUAGUAUUUCGAACACCCAAGAAGCCCAAACCAAAGAAUAGUCCUAAGAAAUCUGGUAAGAAGUCAUCAGAAAAGGCCAGUAAAGAAUCUGUUGCUGAUGGGAAUAAGAGUACGCUGACAACAGAUAGAAUCAAUAAUGCACUGAGAUCUCCUGCAUCUAGUCAAGGAAGUACCGCUCUAGAAAGUGAGGGUGACAGCAUACCUUUAUUCAGCCCUAUCAGGAGUCCAGGGUUGGUAUCUCCUGUGCGAUCCCCCACACCCUCCCCAGACUGCAAAACACUCAACCCAGUGAUAAGGAAACUUUUCACGCCCCCAGUGUCUCCACACGAUUCCCCAGACAGUUCGCCAGAAGUUUCUCCAAGUAAACUCAAGUUAUCCCCCCAAAUCAAUAAUAAUGUACAUAGAUUUAAUAGAAUAAAUAAAGUUCUGUCUUCACAGGAAGAUGCAUUUGAUGCCCUGUCACAAAGCACCUCACAGAACAGCAAGAGUCCGAUAAAAAGUCCAGACAGGGGGAAACUGCUUGUCAGAACACCAAGAAAAAUUAAUCAGAGCAUCAGAAGUUCAGGACUCUUGCAUGAUUCCUCUCAGAGUAGUUUAAAUGUCAUAACCCAGAGGAAUAAGAAACAUCAAUCUCCCUCGGCCAGUAAUUCAAACUCUCCCGUGAAAAUGAGUCCAGGAACAUCCAGCCAAGCGAUGGAAACCAACGCGCAGGAGAGGACUCUGGUUCAUGAUCCUUCAAUAUACAGAGAUAGAAGAGGAUACUAUCUAGACAAUUUUAUGAGAAUCAUAGACACUGUUAUGUCACAGCCCCAAGACCUACAGCUUUUGAACUGUGAGGAUUUAGCAGUUAUAGAGACUUUUCGUGACUUAUCACUUUCAGCACAGAAACUGUAUGUACGACUUUUUCAGAGAAAAAUUAAGUGGAAUAAAGCCUCCAAGAUUGAAUAUAAAGACAUAUGUGAUGCAGAAGAUACAAUGCUUUAUAUAAAGGAGCUUACAUAUGCAAAUUUCCUGUUGAACGAGACAGAAAUGACCGGACUAGAGGAGGUGUUGGCCAUACUCUCUAGUGAAGAAUUGCAUGGAUUGUGUAAGGAAAUGAAGAUCCGUAGUAGUGGGAAGAAGGAGGAAUUAGUUUCAAAUCUCAUAAAAUUCACCAAACAACAGAAAAGCAUAUUCAGCGCUUUUAAGAAGACAGCGAAUGAGGACUCUGUUGUCCUGAAAAGGUACUCUCCCUGGAGCUCGGGAGCUAGACUUAUUCCUUGCUUAGAACCUGCCAAUUAUUUCCUAGAAGUGAUGGUCAUAUUAUUUGAGUGUCUUAGAAAUUUAUUAUCUCUGUUCUUCCCAAUCCUUGGCCAUUGCUGUUUGGUGAACAAGGAGGUGCGACGGGUGUUCAUGAGAGUCCUCAUGCUCUAUGGCCUCCCACGGUAUGAUGAGGAGGAUGAAGGAGGACAGCAAUCCCAGCUCACAACGCUCCUGAUGGUGAACAUGGGCAAAAUGGAGUUCCCUGAGUUUGAGGUCAUCAGGAACCAUUCCAUCUUCAGGACACGAGAAGACCUUCUCAGAUAUGAAACUUGCAAUCAGAUUCUCAUUGAUGUACAAGAGUGCAUGGAAGCACAGAAGUGGGAAGAAGCUUUGCAACAUUGCCAGCUUGCAGUAACAACCUAUCAGGAGCUUAUAUCCGAUGAAGAGUUGAUGAACCACGAGAAGUCGCUGCCAAGCUUCUUGCGUCGCUUUACAUCUGUGUCAGUCUUGAUUUACAUCUUGACGUGUUCUGUGGAGUGCCACCAGAGGCUGAAGAGUUACCAAAAGGCAGUGGAUCAGCUACAGGAUUUGCUGAAACAGAGAACGCAUUUGCAGGACUACAGAGGAAGAUGGUUUGACAGACUAGCACUCAAUUUGGCAACACAUUUGAAGAAGCCAGCGCAGGCUGUUGACGCUAUUCAAGAAGCUUUAAAGGAUCCCGAGGUGCGGAAAGGCCAUCGCCUUUCACUAAGCAUGAGAGCAGAGAAAAUGGCAGCUUCUGCCCGACAUAAAUCACUGGCAGCAACCAUUGCUGAAAUGCCUCUUAUGCACCCAAGAGAAGCACCAAAGAUUAUUAUAGAAGGCAGAAGUCUCCCAGGGGACAUCCCUGGAUAUAAGAGGGUUUUUAUCCGCCAAGAUUCAGCUCGCCAUGCAGGAGAAGGAGAAGUCACAGUGUGUUCUGUUGAGGAGUUGGUCUUGGGUCACUAUAAAGACCAGGGUUACACAGAAGGUUUGCACCGAGAAGGUACGACAGUGAACUCUCUAUUUGGCCUGUAUUUCUGGGAUGCUCUCUACUUGCCAGUGUCAGAUGUAUUCAGAUCUCCACACCAGGCGUCACCCUUAGAUUUGGAUGACCCAAACUUUUAUGCGGCCAGGAAAGAGUGGAUUGACCGAAGACUCUGUGAUAUGCGUCUUUGGUCGGAGGAAAGAGCAGUUAGUGAACUGGAGCAAGUAUGGACUCAACACAUUGGAAAAGUUUCCCUCGUGGCUUGGGACCUCUUCCGAAACCUAGAUCAUGCCAAGAGUUUGGUGGCAAGUAUGGGUACAAAUACUUUGGCUGCAGUGUGUGAGCGUCUUGCUAAAGAUCACAGGUUCACACGCAGUGGUUUCCCAGAUCUUGUGGUUUGGGACCCUCUCAAUAAAAAAUGUCGAAUUGUUGAAGUAAAAGGACCGAAUGAUCGACUGUCAACAAAACAGAUCCUCUGGCUUGAAUACUUGCUUGAUAGUGGUGCAGUUGCUGAAGUCUGUCACGUUGAAGCAAUUGGAGCCAAGAAGAUGAAGAAGGCAUCGCCUCGGAAGAUCUCACCCAAGAAAGUAUCACCCAAGGAGUCACCUCCAAAGUCAAGGAAAGGCGGAAAAAGGUCAAAUUGUGAUGACGGAGAGGAUGGUGGAAGCAACGAGAAUAAAAAGCAGGCAAAAAGAAGGAAGAAAGCGCCCAAGACUGAUCUGCCAAAAAAGGGGAGAACGGGUAAGUUGCAAGAUAAGGGGGAUGAUUCUGACGAUUUUGAAGAGCCUAGUGUUAAGAUUAGAACUGGGAAAUCCUAAUGUUUCUUUCUUAUUAUUGUUAUUAUCAUUAUUAUUUUUAUCAUUAAAAUUAUUAUCAUUUUCAUUAUUCUAGCAUGUAUGUGUAUGUGUAGAUAUGUGU